CGGGAGUUGCGCGAAUUGUAUUUUUAAGGGAGUCUGAAACGCUUGUAGGUUAGAUUGCAAGUCCCAUCCAUGAGUCUAUUUGUGGAGAUUUCUCGGACGUAGAUAGCAGUUGACACCAGACUUGCCAUAGCGCUCCUCGAGCAUGCAGGUGAGUUCUGUACCUCGAUGUGAAGGUUCAGAGCUUCGACUGAAGCUGAAUUGGACACAUUUCGUCACCUGUCGAGCACUGGAAUCCUCUCCGGAUGUGUCUCAAUCCACGGACAUAGCUGAGACCAGAUUACAGGAGGAGGGCCCAGGGAUAGACACAUAUUGAGCGAAAUGAGGAGAAGUAGCGGAUCUCAAUCGCUGAAUCUGUUGCCACCCUCACUGUCAGAAGGUUGUGAUCGAGACAUCGAGGUCGUGUCGUCUCUGCGCCCAUGUUUCGACAGUAACGCAGACGCCAAGCCGUACCAUAUCGAGGGAGAUCACGAUCCGCUGCUGGAAUCUCAGCCGCGCAAUGAAGUCGAGGUAGAACGGUAUUCGGGCGAGGAAGAUCACAAUCCGCUGCUGGAUUUUCAUCAGCGGAACCACGAGAUUGGGAGUCUCCUGCUCCAUGAGUGCAGAGAGCAACAGACCGAGGAGCAUGGGAGUCCGAUGCUGCUCUGUGCGGAGGGGAGUGAGGUCCAACCAUUUCCUCAGGGAUUUGAAGAAAUGCAAAUCGACGACAAGGAAGAGGAGCGGGAGCAGACUAGGUUACAGCAUACGCAGCUCGAUGGAGAUGGUGAUCUGAGAGAACUGUCAGCUCCGCAUGAUUUCGAGGGGACGGCGAGCCGGAUGCAGCUGGAGACCUUCCACCAGCCUUCCUAUGGUAGUGGGGAUGGAUCCCACGGAGAGGAGGCCCUUCAGCUUGUGUAUUAUGAGAAUGGACACGAGUCUCAGAGUGUCAUGGAAUAUGCUCACCUGCAGGAGCAAGAAUUGGCAUUGCACCAAUAUGCCAUCGCGAACCAAGGUCGAGCUAAUCAUUCUACGUGCGAGAUUGAGAAUGAAGAUGACACACUACAUGAACAUCUUCCAGAACACUGGACUGGAUCUAGUUUGCACUCGACUGUGGCUGAGACGAAGGGAGCAGAGUACGGUUCUGAAAAUGGGAUGUUGUUUAAUCACCUGCAUGAUCAACAGAUGGCACUGCAGCAAUAUGCCAUCCAGAAUCCAAACGAUGUGAUUCUUCAGACUCGUGAGGAUGAGAAUGAAGGUCACAGAUUACAUGGAAGUAUCCGCGAACACUUUACUGGAUCGAGAAUGCAUUCAGAAUUCAAUGUGCCGGCGGAGAGGAAAGGAAAUUUCAGUGAGCGUCAGGGACUUUCCACUCAGGUGAUGCAAAUUGAUGAUCAAAGGGAAUCAGAUCUCACUGGCGGGGAUACCCAAGGCCUGCAGGAUAUGGGAGGAUGGAUGGAUACGAAGGCCUAUCCCUGUGAUGAGCAGUACCAUGUAAGCAUAGGAACAGGUUUCGUGGGAGAUGUGCAUGGCCAGGCUGAGACUAGCUCUCUUUCAGCGAUCGAACGAGAGGUUUCUUUUUCUGCACAAUUGGCGGAAGAUGUUGUCAUGAGCUCAGAAGAGGCACAGGCACAUCAAGGAGUUUGGAAGUCUCUUCCUCCCAGAUUUAAUCAAUUCGGUUCUUGGAUGCCAGAGAGGGGAAUCUCCAGACAAUUUACUACAGCACCACAGUCAAAUGCCUCAUCCUACACUGGUGGAUCGUCUCCAGUAACAGGGCUUGUGACACCAAGAUCAAUUGCAAGUCCCACAAGGAUUCCGCAAAUGGACGUCAAUCAAGCUUCCUCACAACUGAUAAUGGGAUCUACAAUGGCGUCUCAAUGGAUGGGUGUUUCUUCUUAUACUCCUAACGACUUUGACUAUGGGGUGUCUCAGAUGAAGCUUACCCAGUCUUCAAUCGAACAUGCGGAAUGUGGAAUGAGUACUCUAAGGAGCCCUUCAGAACUUCCAGUCAGUGUAAAUUCAGCUGUAGAUUUCAGCAACCAAUCUCAAAGUACCCAGAUGCCAAUUGACUUGAAAGCAAUGCAAACAUUUUGCGCAGGCAACAGAUUCGAAGAUUUUGUACCCAUACAGGAAGGUGCGAAGGUGGGUAAUAUGUAUCUACCAUCAUUUCAUUCACCAGCCAUAGUUCCUCAUCUGAAUGUCCAGUCACCGUCAAUUGCAGAGUUAGCUCCAGUACCUUUUACCCAUGCUCACUUACUAUCUUCUGCACCCAUGAAUGAUGUGCCUCGGUAUUCCAACUUAGAACAUCCAAACCAAUUCCAGGACAUAGGUCAGCUUGCAGAUAACCAUUCCUUGCAGGAUUCGAAUUCUGUUCCAACCUUAUUGCAAAAUAUCAGUGCAGAAACAAUUCAAGCAGCAGCCUUGGGCUUAAAUUGGCCUAGAGGGUCUCCAGUGAUUCAGAAUGCAAGCGAUCAAUUCAACUCUUAUUCCCUGCUUCAAGGCUCCGAAACUGUUGGACCUGUUUGGAAUUCUUUACCAGUGAUGUCAAUAGAUAAUUCCACGGUUUCUCCAGCUGAACCAACUUGGAACGCGACAUAUCCCCAUGGAGCUCAUGUGAAUCAGGAUCAGGUGCAGUUUCCGCAAACUUUGUCAGUGGAUCAGGCAGAAAGUUAUGCUAGAUCUGCUCUUGCUUAUGGUCAAGAAGCAAUCGGAAUUAGGGAUCUAGGUAGCCAUGAUCAUAAAAGCACAAACAAAGAGCUACCAAGAGCAGCGACUGGAAAUAUUCAAAGCGUUGCGGAACAGCUUGGAGAGCAAGAGUCAUUCCAACACACUGGAAUGGGGAGUGUAUCCGCCAACGACAGCCAUAUGGUGCAGGGAGACCAUGUGCAGCAAGUGGAGGCAGGAGCAUGGGGAAUCAUGCCCAGUGAGAAUGAUGGUGUGGUCAGAAGUGAGGAGGUCAAUCAGCUUGGCAGCGGUGUAUAUGUUAACCAAGAGGAAAUGUGUUUGGAUGGAUACCAAAACCAUUGUGGGGAUUUGCAGAUACAGGAAUUGACUGGCCUGUCAGCAGAUGAAAUGAAUUAUCUGGGGUACUGUGAGAGUCAGAUUGAGAGCGUAAGAAACCAGGCAGGAGACAUGCUCAUGACUAAUCCGGUGGAUGGAAAGCAGCCUGAAUUAUCACAAUCCGGGGAAGGACAGCCAGGAAAAGGGGCUCCAGAGCCUCAGGUCUUAUCUCAGGAGAUGGAAAGGUUGUUAUCUGACAGAGAUCGAUUGUCAACGAAGCUCCUUUUCUGGAAGAGGGCCAGAUUCAGGGCUAGACUCAUUACCCAUCCAUUAUUUCCUCAACUCCUCAAGGCACAUGUAGACUGCAUCCGUGUGAUGACUCCAGCAUCCAAGAUACGUGACAUCAAUCUGCAGCUGGUUCAGGCUCAAAAGUUUUUCGAAUUUUUCCUCCCGUUUGCGCCCAAAUGCCCCCAGCCUGAUGAUUUUGAAUUCGACUACUUCCUGGAAAAUUUCCUGGUUCGGAUGAAACAUUUCCAAUCGAAAUUGGAGAUGCAGCUCAAGGUUCACACCACUUUGGCUUACAGCAAAUUAUGGCGCAUCGAGCGGGUACUCGUCGACAUGACAGGUCAGCGCAUUCCCAGUCGGUUGGAUGAUGGGCCUCUUAUGUCUGACAACCCAGACAAUAAAAUUGGACUUCGGAAGGCUGUUGAAAGAGAUGUUGCAAGUGCUGUAGAAGAACGCUUGCGCGAGGAUAAUGGCAGUUCUAGCACUGACGAUGACGAUCUCAGUGACUCAGACCUCGAUACUGAUAUCCAGAACGCCGAUGACCCUGAUCUCCCAUGUGCAGACAAUCCAAGUGAACAGUAUAGCGAUGAUGCUAAUGUCGAGUUUAUGGAUGAUCCUAGUCUCCAGAAUGCCGGUGGUGCUAAUGUCCAGUAUGAGGAUGAUCCUCGCCUCCAAAACGCCGGUGGUGCUAUUUUCCAGUAUGGGAAUGAUCCUAGUUUCCAAAGUGCCGGUGUUCCUGAUGGCCAGUAUGAGCAUGAUCCUAGUCUCCAGAAUGCAGGUGGUCCUGAUGUCCAGCAUGGGGAUGAUCCUAGUCUCCAGAAUGCCGGUGGUUCUGAUGUCCAGUAUGACCAUGAUCCUAGUCUCCAGAAUGCCGGUGGUGGUAUUAUCCAGUACGGGGGUGAUCCUAGUCUCCAGAAUGCCGGUGGUGCUGAUGUCCAGUAUGACCAUGAUCAUAGUCUACAAAAUGCCAGUGGUGCUAUUGUCCAGUAUGGGGGUGAUCCUAGUCUCCAGAAUGCUGGUGGUCCUGAUGUCCAGUAUGAGCAUGAUCCUAGUCUCCAGAAUUCCGGUGGUGCUAUUAUCCAGUAUGGGGAUCGUACUAGUCUCGAGAAUACUGGUGGUGCUAAUGUCCAAUAUGUGGAUUUUUCCAGUCUCCAGUGUGCUGCUGGUGCCAGUUUCCAGUAUGGGGAUUAUCCUAGUCUCCAGAAUGCCGGUGGUGCUAAUUUUCAAUGCGUGGAUGAUCCUAGUCUCCAGUAUGCUGGUGGUGCUAACGUCCAGUAUACUGAUAAUCCGAAUAUCCAGUAUACCGGUGAUCCGAAUGUGCAGUUUGUUGAUGAUGCGAAUCUCCAAUAUGGCGGUGAUUCUAGCGUCCAGUACACUGGAAAUCCGAAUUUCCAGUAUACCGGUGAUCCGAAUGUACAGUUUGUAGACGAUCAUACUUUCCAGUUUGGAGGUGAUUUUAAUCUCCAGUUCGCUGAUGAUCAGAAUCUCCAGUAUACAGGUGAUCCGAAUCUACCGUUUGCUGAUGACCCGAACGAACAGUAUGGGGAUGAUCCUAAUGUCCAGUAUGUCGAUGAUCCUGAUGUCCAGUCUGCUGAUGACCCAAAUUCUCAGUGUGCUGAUGAUGCUGAUGAUGUUGAGCAUGCUGGUGAUCCGGAUGUCCAGAGCGCAAUGGACUCGGACUAUUUUGGAACUACUGUUCCAGAUCGUGCUGUCAUGGAGAGCAUCAGGCGAGAGUUGAUUGCAUCACUUGGUUUUGAAAAGUACAAGAAGAAGAUCAAAGAAGUGAGAGAUGAGAUUUUGAGAAAACGAAGAGCGGGCAAAUUGCCAGACGGAACCACACAAAUACUCAAGGCGUGGUGGGAUGCUCAUUCAAAGUGGCCUUAUCCAACGGAAGAUGAGAAAGAAGUUCUUCUCAAAACGACGGGAUUGGAACUGAAACAAAUCAACAACUGGUUCAUAAAUCAAAGGAAAAGAAAUUGGCACAACAAUCCACUGUCAUCGAGCAAUAAGGAGAAGCGGAAAGUAACUGUGACAGAUGUGAUGCAAGAGUAGAUAACCAUCCAGUCACACUAACAGUUAGUGUGAAGUUAGAAGUUAGUGACUAACUUCUAAUUUCCUGUGCCUAGUUGUAAGUUUGUUUUAGUAUAUCUGCCCUCCAGUAAUCAUAAUUUCCAUUGCUAGUGGUAGUGUGGUGGGCAAUUUGUACAUAUAUUGGUCCAUAGAGUAUGUAUUUGUCUAAUCAAGUUUUCGGGGUGGAGUUGCGUGGCCAUCUUCACACAACUAUUCGUUUCAGCAUUUCUUCUUUAUAACUGCUUGUAGUUCUAUGAAAAGAACUACAGUACCUUCUAAGAUGCAUCUCUAUUUAUCUGAUCAUGCAUCGAAUUUUAAUAACUAGUAACAGCUGCCUCAAAUCUCAUCUAGU